AAUAUCCGAUUCUGGGCUACGCUCAGUACAGACCACCGAUAGAAUAAAUACAAAUUCAAACCAGACAUCAAGUGCAUUCGAAUUCUAAAUAUGUUGAAGAUGAUUUCGUCUUGGAUUGUAGUUUUGACCUUCAGCACUGUGUAUACAGUAGAAGCUGGUAGACGAUUAUACAGGGAUACUGCACAAUUCCUCACAGAGACACCAGUUUAUCAGCCCCAUAAAGUGAUUCUUGUGGAUAUCGGAGACUCGGCUACUUUGCAGUGUUGUAUUUUCAAACAACAAACCGGCAUAGUAGCCUGGUUUAAGCAAACAAACAGUAAGAAAACUAAAAUCAUAGUCAAGUUCUUUAAAAAUGAUGGAGAAAUACUAGACACACGCACUGGGUCACAGGUGUCCCGAAUCCAAAUAGAAAGCUCUUCAAACUGCUUUAAUAUGACCAUUUUACACACGAUUCAGUCUGAUAAAGCCACAUACUACUGUGUACUACUGACCACAACCAAACCUGUGUUUAGUAACCGGACUUACUUGAAAAUAAAAGGUGAGAAGGUUACCACUGCCUCAGAAACUUCUAAACCACCUGUAAGUGAUAGUUCAUUAGUGUGUGAACCAACACCACAUGGAAACAUUGACACACAAAAGAAAACAGUGCUCGGUUUGGGAACGGCUUUGGGUUUCUGCACAUUUCUGUUUUCCUGUCUCAUUUAUUGCAUACUGAAGAGGUGGAAAUUGAACACUUCUAUGGAUAAUAGACCAGAAACGAUGCGGGUAUCUGAAGCUGAAACAUUGAAUUAUGCAGCUCUAAAAUUCACCAAAAGGAAAGCUGAUUCUUUAGAUGAAUGUGUGUAUUCGGAAGUCAAAUUAAAAGUGACCAAUAAAUGAUAAGUAGAACAUGCUACAAUUCUACUGCAAAAAAAAAAAAAAAAAAGGGAAAAUAUUUCAGCAAGUGAAUGAUAUUUUUAUUACAAUAUUGUGAUAAAACCUGGUGUAGAUAAGUAAAGUUUCUGUACAUGUUUAAAGCACCGAAUGUAUUUUUUGUCACAGUUUUUACUUUAGCCACCAGUAAAGUUGCAAAAACCUUUAUUCUAUGAUUACAGGAUUCAUGGUCUUAUGUGUGUGACUGCCAUUUUUGUUGACACAAUAAAAGGAAAGAUUUCGAAUUAUCUCAUAAAUACACACACGUGCAUGCAUGUUACUCAAAUACUGUAAUGUUAAAGCAGAAUUUGUGAAUUUGUGAAUAUAUUGUAAUGAGAAUUUUGCUAUUAAUUUGCUAUAGGUAAUACAAAUAAGAACAAUUUCAAGUCAUGGCAAAACAUGACUAUACAUAUUCACUCAACGUACUAAUUAUAUCAUCUGUUUUAUAUAAAUAUGUUGCAUUUUUAGCUUCUUUGAUCAUACUUUUCGAUCCGAUUUGUUUUUCUGCAACGUGUAUUAAUAUAGAAUUUCCAAUAAACAACAAUGAGGCAUGAAAAUGUGUGAACAUACAACAUUUGUGCAACAAUGGAAACAAAGCAAUAUGGGUUGUUACUGAGAUUUUUUUAUUUUAUUGAAUGAAAAAACAAUUAGAUGCUACUUUAGUGAAUAUAUGUGGGUGUGCUCAAUACAAAAGAAAGCAAAAGGAGAGGAAAAACUAUUCAUGUACUGUUCUGUUCCCUCAAAUUACUGCUGAUCGAAGAAUCUCAUAUGAAAAUGGUGCAUAUACAGUGAUGUAAUUAUUUUCUUAGAUCUGGAUUUCUAUUACAGUUUAGAUUUGUGCAAGGUGAAUUAUUUAAUAUAGAAUUUCCACUUGAGUAAAAUGAACGUUGUGUGAAUGUCAAACUAAACCACAUUUUGUCCCCUCUGUGCAACAAUGGAAACAAAGCAAUGUGGGUUGGUGUUGGAUUUUUUUUUCUUUUUAAUGAACCAAUCACGUGUUACACAUGGGAUCAUGUGGGCGUGCUCAAUCCAGAGCAUACUGUAUAUAAGAUUCAAAUCACGCUUCAAGUGCAUUUGUGUUGUGCUGAUAAUUAUGAUAGAAAAAUGCCUGGUUUCUGGAUAAUAAGUUUGACCUUCAGCACAAUGUAUGCAUUCCAAUCUGGUAGAUGCUGGGUUUCUGCACAAUCCCCAACAGAUCUAGAGGUUUAUCUGCCUUAUAAAGAGCUCAGUGUGGAUAUCUGUGACUCGGCUUAUCUGCGAUGUUGCAUUCUUCACACCAGAGGAGGAGAAAUCUUUUGGUUUAAGCAGGAAAACAGAAAAAUGCCCGUGUUUAUAGCCGGCCCGUUCGACCCUGCUGGAGAGACGUUUCACAAUGAUUUCCAAAAUCCACGUUUUCGGAUUAGAAAAGAAGAAACCUGCUUCAUUCUCACCAUUUUAAACACCACGCUGUCUGAUGAAGCCACGUACUUCUGUGCUCUCAUGCAUUCAGCUGGGACUCAAUUACAAAUACAAGGAACAUCGAAAGAAGCUGUGUGUGAUAAUUCUGAAGCAACACUGCAUGGAAACAGCACUUACAUGAACACAAAAGCGAGAACAGGUUUAAAUGUCAGUUUACAUAUAUUUUACAAUUUAUGAAUGAUCCUUAGUCAUAAUAUAUAAUUUUGUUCAUGUUUUUCAAACAGGAUCAGAAAUGGUUGGAUCUCUAAAUUGGACGGUGCUCAGUUUAGGAUCAGCGUUGGGUUUGUUUGCACUUCUGAUUUCUUGUCUCGUUUAUUUCUUACUGAGGAGAAGAAAAUGUGAAAAAUGUAAAUUGAAGACUUUAAUAGAAAACGCAGCAGAAUCGAGGCAGGAAUCUGAAGCUGAAACAAUGAAUUAUGCAGCAUUAAAAUUCUCCAAGACGAACACCAAAUCUGGAAAUAGAAAAUCCGGCUCAUUUGAUCAGAGUGUGUAUUCCAGUGUGUAUUUCAGUGAGAAAACUGUCAAAAAUAAAUGACACAUUUAUACAUAAAUUACACUACAAUACUAUCUCAAUGUUUAUGAGAUUAUAAUAGUAUAUAUUGUUAUAACAAAUUAUAUAUUACACCAACAAUUAUUUAUGUCAAUUUUAAAAUGGUUCUAGUUCUAGAAUUAUGUGGAAUUAUGUUAAUAGGAAAAACCUAAAUAAUCCUAAAACCUAAACGUAUUUUUCAAAUGGUUUACAGUAUGUAAUAACAUAUGCAAUUAAUUAUUAUCAAAUAAAUGUUGCUCAUAUUCAAGAUAUUUUAGCAAUGUACAGUAAAUAAAGCAACUCCAAUUGUUUUGUUGUUGUUGUUUUUAAUGCUUUUGUUUAUCA